AUGAUGCCGCGCUCUCCGUCGCCCUUCUUUGCCGACAAAAACGGGCGCGGCGCCCUCGGCCGCCGCACAGGCCCCGUUGGAGUUCGCCACAUCACCAAUGAAGGCCCCGACUGCCAUAACUCCGGUAGUCUCAUCACCAGCUUCGCCAACAACCCCGCCAGCACUAGUGUCACCAAUGCAGGCGAUCGUCCAUGCACCGACAUUGGUGGACAUGGUGCCUUUGUCGCUGCCUCUACGAGCCACAACACCGAUCCCUCGCGCAGGGCCGUGGCUGUUUGCAUGCGCUUAUUUUCCGCCGGCUCAGCAGCAGGCCUUCAAAGCUCCAUCGGUCACUUGGAGUACGCCUCAAGCACAACCCCGCUCGGCUGCACCCAUAGCGGGGGUGGCCGCUCGUGGAGGGCACCAUCGACUCCACGUGCAGGCGCUCCAUGCAUUCGAUCCGGGCGGAUUCGAUUCCACGCAGAUCAGAUGGAGCAGCCAAGUUUGGCACCUCGAGGAGGAAGGGAGACAAAUACAAUGAUGAAGAACCUGAUGCAUUUGAUUUGUUCAAGGAGUUCCACUAUAGCAACAAAAAAAUGUUAUGCCCCUGCUGUACAGGAGGCUAUUACUCAAAUGGAAAACAAGCUGUCUACAACAACAGAAGGUGAAGAACUCAAGUCUGCGGCUCAGGUUGUUGGUGAUGUGCUUGCUGAGAACACUAAGAAUAAUAAGUUCUUGCAGAAUGUGGGGUUCAAAAAUGCCCGGCCUAGAUCCAGUGAGCAGAACACUGAGGCAGAACUAGAAGCAGAGAAAAGGGCCAAUGCUGAGCUUCGUGUACAGGUGGCUGAUUUGUCAAAGAAAGUGCAAGAAUCUGAGGAGGCAAGGAUUAUGGACCGAGAGGAGAUGAAGAGGACUCAAUCUUAUAUGGAAGCAAAACUUGAUCUUUUGCUCAGUCAAGUUCGACCAAGUUAA